AUGACUCUCCCACCUAUCUGUCACUGGAUCAAGGACUUCCAGACCAAUCACCCCCAAACGGUCAGAUUGGGCCCCCACACCUCCUCCACCCUCAUACUCAGCACUGGCGCCCCACAAGGCUGCGUAUUGAGACCCCUUCUCUAUGCCGUCUACACCCAAGACUGCACCCCCACCCAUCCUACCAACACUAUCAUCAAGUUUGCGGAUGAUACGACUGUGAUGAACUUUACACCACCUGCUGCCUCAACAGAGCAGCCAACACCCUUAAGGACCCUUCUCAUCCUGGACAUCAGCUGUUCUAACUGCUGCCCUCUGAUAGACGGUUCAGGCACCCCUUCUACAAUAUGUGUAUUAUUAUAUAUUUUCCUUGGCUCAUUAUGUGUUGUCACAAUAUGUGGAAACCUCCUUGUAAUAAUCUCCAUCAUUUACUUCAAACAGCUCCACACUGCUACAAACUCUCUCAUUCUCUCUCUGGCUGUGGCGGACCUGCUUGUUGGUGUUGUGGUUUUUCCUUUCAACAUGGCACUCUCUCUUAGCUCAUGUUUGUAUUAUGAAGAUUUAUUUUGCAAAGUACGAGGCAGCUUUGACAUAACACUGAGCACAGCUUCCAUUUUGAAUUUAUGUUGUAUUUCCAUUGACAGAUAUUAUGCAGUUUGUCAGCCUCUGAACUAUAGAACUAAGAUAAAUGUUAAUGCUGUUGUGGUCAUGAUCCUGGGAAGUUGGAGUGUUUCUGUACUAGUUGCCAUUGGCUCUACAAUUCCAGGAUUAAGCAAUGAAAAAUGUGAAGAAAACUGUUUUAUUGAUUUUCUACUUGCAACAAUUUUGGGACUUAUUUUCUCAUUUUAUCUCCCAGUGAUCAUAAUGCUCUGUAUCUACCUAAAGAUUUUCCUCGUUGCCCAGAGACAGGCACGCAGCAUCCAGAACACAAUCUGUCAAAGCACAAAGUCUGGAGCAACUGCCAGUAAGAUGGAGAGAAAGGCCACCAAAACUCUGGCUAUUGUUAUGGGAGUUUUUCUGAUGUGCUGGACUCCUUUCUUCCUCUGUUUUACCUUUCAGCUUUUGAAUCACGUUUCAGUGUUUGUUCCACUGUUUGAAACACUAAACUGGCUUGCACUGUUAAAUUCAAUGCUCAUUCCAUUUAUUUAUGCUUUCUUUUACGGCUGGUUCAGAUCAGCUUUCAGAAUGAUCAUUUCGGUAAAAAUAUUUCAAGGUGAUUUUACGAACACAAAGCUGCUGUGA